GAAGCGAAGUGAUCAUGGAACUAGUAGGUGUUAACAAAAAUGACAACCACGAGACCUGCAGCAAGUACAAUGAGAUGGGACUGGACAGAGCUGGAGACAUUUAUGCAAAUCAGGGCAGAAAUCUCAGCCAGACUGAAGCAAGAGCACAAAACAGAGGUUUGUCAGUAGGAAAUAAAUGUGUUGUGUUGAGCACUGUGUGCAUUAGCUUUAUGUGCAUUUUGCUGGUGGCUGCCAUUGUAGUACUGCAUAUCAAGCUCACGGCAGAGAGAGAAAUACAGGCUACACACAUGUUACAGUCUGGUUCAAGAGAUCAAGCAGAGAAAGCCCAGUUACAGAACAGCUUCAACUCUUUGAGUCAGAAGAAACUGGAGUUGGAAACCAGAGUCAAUGAUCUCACUGCUGAGAAAAGCCAGUUACAGAGCAACUUCAACUCUUUAAGUCAGAAGAAACUGGAGCUGGAGACCAGAGUCAAUGAUCUCACUGCUGAGAAAACCCAGUUACAGAGCAACUUCAACUCUUUAAGUCAGAAGAAACUGGAGCUGGAGACCAGAGUCAAUGAUCUCACUGCUGAGAAAACCCAGUUACAGAGCAACUUCAACUCUUUAAGUCAGAAGAAACUGGAGCUGGAGACCAGAGUCAAUAAUCUCACUGCUGAGAAAAGCCAGUUGGAGACCAGAGUCAAUGGUCUCACUGCUGAGAAAACCCAGUUACAGAGCAACUUCAACUCUUUAAGUCAGAAGAAACUGGAGCUGGAGACCAGGGUCAAUGAUCUCACAACUAGGAAAAGCCAGUUGGAGACCAGGGUCAAUGGUCUCACUGCUGAGAAAAGCCAGUUACAGAGCAACUUCAACUCUUUAAGUCAGAAGAAACUGGAGCUGGAGACCAGGGUCAAUGAUCUCACAACUAGGAAAAGCCAGUUGGAGACCAGAGUCAAUGAUCUCACUGCUGAGAAAAACCAGUUACAGAGCAACUACAACUCAUUAAGUCAGAAGAAACUGGAGCUGGAGACCAGAGUCAAUAAUCUCACUGCUGAGAAAAGCCAGUUACAGAGCAACUUCAACUCUUUAAGUCAGAAGAAACUGGAGCUGGAGACCAGGGUCAAUGAUCUCACAACUAGGAAAAGCCAGUUGGAGACCAGAGUCAAUGGUCUCACUGCUGAGAAAAGCCAGUUACAGAGCAACUUCAACUCUUUAAGUCAGAAGAAACUGGAGCUGGAGACCAGGGUCAAUGAUCUCACAACUAGGAAAAGCCAGUUGGAGACCAGAGUCAAUGGUCUCACUGCUGAGAAAAGCCAGUUACAGAGCAACUUCAACUCUUUAAGUCAGAAGAAACUGGAGCUGGAGACCAGGGUCAAUGAUCUCACAACUAGGAAAAGCCAGUUGGAGACCAGAGUCAAUGGUCUCACUGCUGAGAAAAGCCAGUUACAGAGCAACUUUAACUCUUUAAGUCAGAAGAAACUGGAGCUGGAGACCAGAGUCAAUGAUCUCACUGCUGAGAAGAGACAGUUACAGAACAGUUUAAACUCUUUGAGUCAGAAGAAACUGGAGUUAGAAACUGAGUUAACAAAGUUAUCUGAACAAGCAACUGGGUGCCUUUUCACAUCCAAUGAGGAGAAGAGCUGGUCUGACAGCAGGCAGUACUGCAGAGAUCAUGGUGGUGAUCUGGUCAUUAUCAACAGUGAAGAGAAGCAGAGGUCCGUAUCUUCAUUUGUCAAAGAAAGAGUGUGGAUUGGUUUGUCUGACAGAGAGGAAGAGGGCAACAUGAAAUGGGUGGACCAUUCACCAUUGACACAAGGGUUUUGGUUCAGAGAUGAGCCAAAUGAUUCUGAUGGAAAUGAAGACUGUAUUGAAAUUAUACCUGGAAGUUUUAUCCUGAACAACUGGAAUGAUCUUCCAUGCUCACAUAAAAGAAAGGCCAUUUGUGAGGCUUCCAAGUUCCACCCCAACAAGACAGGGCUCAUUUGUGUUCUUCUGCUGGUCUUCAUCAUACUGCAGCACAUCACCAUCACAGCAGAGAGAGACCUGAUAAAGAGUUACAAGAACACAGUUGAAGAGUUCAAUCAAACCAUCAACAGCUUACAGGACAAUUACACUGAUCUAAUGAAUGAAAAACACCAACUGCAGAACAACUUCAGCUCUUUGAGUCAGAAGAAACUGGAGCUGGAGACCAGAGUCACUUCUCUAAGUGAGGAGCUGAAGAAAGAAGCAUCCAAACAGCGUUGGUUUUUCAUGUCCAAUGAGUUGAAGAGCUGGUCUGACAGCAGACAGUACUGCAGGGAUCGUGGUGCUGAUCUGGUCAUUAUCAACAGUGAAGAGAAGCAGAGGUUCAUUUUUUCAUUAACCACGGAGAGAGUGUGGAUUGGUUUGUCUGACAUACAGCAGCAAGGCAACAUGAAAUGGGUGAAUAAUUCAACACUGAAACAAGGACAAAACUCUUCCACAAACACCACAAUUAAAGAUACUUUAAAUUUUUGGUUUGACGGUGAGCCAAAUAACCAGGGCGGAAAUGAGGACUGUAUUGAACUGAAUUAUAAUAGAGAGAUCCUGAAGAGCUGGGAUGAUGAGUCAUGCUCUGUGAAGAAGAAAGGGAUUUUUGAGAAAUAG